AUGGGAGGCAGGGUGACCGUGUUUGAAAACAGGGCAGCAGUAGAUAUGGAAAUUCGAGUGUUUGUUCCACCUGCCCGGCCUGACCGAUACCGGAUGAUCAUUAGGGUCAAACCAGGUGAGGUCAGAAAAGUGUUGACCAAAAGGUUAUGCAACUGUAAUCCUUUCCCUACUGAAAAAACUGAUAAUCAUAUCUUUCUUAUGGUUUUCAUGGAUGGGACUUACACGGGUGUCACUUUGCUUCCAUGGGAAGUAAAGAAAUACGCAAAAAUCGUUGGCUAUUACAUGGAUGACUGCCACGUCAUCCUAAAAGGUGUUAGAUGCACCUUCACUACCUUCUUCAGACUCAAGUAA